AUGUCUUCUCCAUUGCAAUCCAGUGAGCGUUAUGAGGGUUAUGAUGUUGUUAGAAUAGACUACCCAUUCAUAUCUUUCCGAUGGAAGAAAGAUGUUGAACUGUUAGGUCAUUGUAAUGGUCUAAUUUAUUGUUUGGACAAUACUAGGAGACUUUCUUGUCUUUGGAACCCUGCCACCAAGGAAUACAAAAUAAUACCCAAGCUCCAAUUAGGCUCAGACUUAGUCGAAGUGGAUAGUGGUACUUGGUGGAUCGAUCCUCCCUUAUCACAAGAACAUACAGAGAACACUACAAUAUGUCUGCAUGCUUUUGGUUACGAUUGCAAGAUUGGUGAUUACAAGGUUAUUUGCGUUGAAUACUUAAGCGGAAUCAAGGACGGAUGUUUAAUCCACGUCUAUACUCUAGGAACAAAUUCAUGGACAAGCAGUCAGACUGAGCUUGAAAUGGUUCCGGUUAGCCCACAGAAUGGGGUACUUGUUAAUGGACUUUUGCAUUGGUUGGGCAUAAAGCAUGGCAAAAAGGUAAUCAUGUCUUUGGAUCUCAAUAGCGAGAGAUUCAAUGAACUGGAACCACCAAAAGAAGCUUUAGAGAAUUCUUUGAUAACUGUGGAGGCAUUGGAAGGUUUCCUUUGUGUACUUGUUGAAGUUUUUCAGGUUCAGUUUGAAGUUUGGGUGAUGCGGGAUUAUGGGGUUCGAGAAUCUUGGACUAGACGUUAUAUCCAUGAUGAUAUUGGGACUUUAAAACUUUCUGGUAUCAAUGUCCGCGAGAAUACAAUUAAAUCUUUUUCGAAGGUUAUGUGGUUCUUUGGUGAGAUUUUAUUAUGGGAUGGCUAUAGAACAGUUUUUCAUGAUCUAAAACACCUAACUGAAAGAAAAUUAAGUACAUAUAUAAACUUUUCGAACUUAGUAGUGAAUUAUUUUGAGAGCUUAGUUUCAGUUAAAUCUGGUAUUUAUGUGGGCGAGAAUCAAGAAGACGAAGAAGAAUAA